AUGACUUCCACACUAUUCACAGAUCCCCGCGCAGCUGAAACUACUCAACCGUCCGAAGGGGGAGGGGUCUUCGACAAUGAUGCCAAAGCCAAACGUCGGGAGCAGGUCAGACGGGCUCAGAGAACCCACCGCGACCGCAAAGCUACGUACGUCAAGACUUUGGAAACCGAAGUCGCGAAACUGCGAGCCCGCGACUCCGCUCACGAGGCCGAACUGCUUGCAUGCCGUAUGACCAUCCGCCGGCUCAAAGAAUUGAUCAAGUAUCACAAGAUCCCCCUUCCCCUGGAUUUGGCAUCAGAUCCGAACUUCCAGAGCCCCCAGGCGACGAUUGAAUUACUUGGAUUCCCACAUCAGACCAUUCGUGCUGAGAUGCCGCCUCCUGAAUCAUACUUCCCGGGUUCACAAGGCAGUAUAUUAUCGUCUGCGGACCUCUCGUACAACAACCCCCUCCAGUCCGGCGGCUCGACAACGUCUUCGAGCGAUCUGUUCUCCGGCCUGACGAUCAGCAGCGAGGCACCAACAUCGUCGUCGCUGCACGCACCGUCGUCCAUCUAUUCCCAACAAACCGCCAGUUCUGCUGCGCCUGUGCCUGUGCCGCCGAUCGCCGCCGCAAUGCCCCAUCCGCAAGGCCUGGGCGCCACGCAAGUGGGCGUCGACUUUGUCCUCGCCCUCGAGCACGUCUGUCUGGACCAUCACGCCGAACACGCCAACGCCGACGACGGCUCCGGCCACGAGAUGAUGCUCAUGAGUCCCAUCAUGUGGCACAGUCCUGCGCCCCAAGCCGCGGGGCGGGCCCAGACCACCCGCCAACCCAGUCCAGCAGCGGCAGCGGCACCGGCGCAGACGAGCUCCGGCCUGCCCUCGGGAACAAGAUGGUCCGUCCCCGCGAUCGAACUGGAGAAACUGCUCGACUUCUCCGAUCGACUGUCGCUGGAAGGGGAGAUCACGCCCGUCGAAGCGUGGCAGCGGAUCCGACAGCAUCCUAACUUCGAGGGUUUGACGAGGGACGGCCUUGAAACGCUGAAGCAGACGCUCCUGCCCGAAGUGACGUGUUACGGGUGA